GUCAGUUCUAUCAUUCUUUCAUUCUUUUAUCUUUUUUUAAUCAUCACAUUGUGUUUGCAAGAGACGGUUUGGUUGGUGUGAAGUGGAGGGGAUGCUCUUUGCUUUCAAUUGACGAAGAAACUGACAGUAAUCAUAAUUUUUCAGAGUAUCAAAGCAAGCAGGUUGAGGAGGUUUCCUGUGUACUCUGGAAUCUAUAGAACUUCAAUUAGGUGUUCUUCUGGCUUAAUGGAGUGCCGUAAUUUGCUUAUGUUAAGCCUUUUUUAGUUAAUAUUUUGCCUUUUUCUUGGGAAUCUUCAAUAGUGCCGUAAUUUGCUUCUGUACACACUGGAAUUAUAUCUGGGGUUGAAUGCACGCACAUCCGAAAGUGCCACAUUGAACGUCAAAAUAUGGAGAGAGAAUAUUCUGUUCAGAUUUCGAUGAUGCAAAACUGUACGGCCCAGACUUGGACAAAUGGAAAAUGCAACAAAUCCCAAUCACGAAGCCCAAAAUCCAAGUCAGAGCCCGAACAAAACAGUAGAGCUACGUGUAAUCUUUUGUCAUCACAGAAACCCCCACAACCUCGGCCAUUGGAUGGGCGACACCUAUCUCCACCAUCAAUUUCUCCGCUCUACGUCCCCUCCAGGGAGGGUAGUGAAUGUGAAUCUUCGUUCCUGUUGAGUUCCUUUUCUGAAAUCGUUUUGUCAAUCGCACGACUAUCCCUCGCCGACGCAUCGGAGCUCAUCUCACGUAAACUGAUGGCACCCAUCAAGAGCAUUCUUUCUCUGCGAAGGACAGCUUUGGCUUGGCAUCAGAGCAAUGCGAGGAGCCUAGGCUUUAGGACAUUCAGCACUCAGGGUGCAACAACUGCUAAUACUCCACAGCCUCCCCCACCUCCCCCACCUCCAGAGAAAACCCAUUUUGGUGGUUUGAAGGAUGAAGACCGGAUUUUUACUAACUUAUAUGGGUUGCAUGACCCUUUUCUAAAAGGUGCCAUGAAACGAGGUGACUGGUACAGAACCAAAGACUUAGUUCUCAAGGGUGCUGAUUGGAUUGUUAAUGAGAUGAAGAAGUCUGGUCUCCGUGGACGUGGUGGUGCUGGUUUUCCAUCUGGCCUUAAGUGGUCUUUCAUGCCAAAAGUAUCUGACGGCCGACCUUCCUAUUUAGUUGUCAAUGCCGAUGAAAGUGAACCUGGUACCUGUAAAGACAGGGAAAUCAUGCGUCAUGAUCCACACAAACUAUUGGAGGGUUGCCUUAUUGCUGGGGUAGGGAUGAGGGCUAGUGCUGCUUAUAUCUAUAUCAGAGGUGAAUAUGUGAAUGAACGAAUAAACCUUGAAAGGGCCAGAAAGGAAGCCUAUGAAGCUGGAUUAUUGGGCAAGAAUGCAUGUGGAUCUGGUUAUGAUUUUGAUCUUCAUAUCCACUAUGGGGCCGGUGCUUAUAUUUGUGGUGAAGAAACGGCACUUUUGGAGAGUCUUGAAGGAAAACAAGGGAAGCCAAGAUUGAAGCCACCUUUCCCUGCUAAUGCUGGGUUAUAUGGCUGCCCUACCACUGUGACAAAUGUGGAAACAGUGGCGGUUUCUCCUACCAUUUUAAGGCGUGGCCCUGAGUGGUUUGCCAGUUUUGGUAGGAAGAAUAAUUCGGGGACAAAAUUGUAUUGCAUAUCUGGACACGUGAACAAGCCUUGCACUGUUGAAGAGGAGAUGAGUAUACCAUUGAAAGAGUUGAUAGAAAGGCACUGUGGAGGUGUUAGAGGUGGAUGGGACAAUUUACUUGCUGUAAUUCCAGGUGGUUCAUCUGUGCCACUGAUUCCCAAGCACAUAUGUGAUGACGUGCUGAUGGAUUAUGAUGCACUCAAGGCUGUCCAGUCGGGACUUGGGACUGCAGCUGUGAUUGUGAUGGAUAAAUCAACUGAUGUUGUGGAUGCAAUUGCAAGGCUUUCUUAUUUCUACAAGCAUGAGAGUUGUGGGCAAUGCACACCUUGCAGGGAGGGGACAGGAUGGCUUUGGAUGAUUAUGGAAAGAUUGAAGGUUGGGAAUGCCAAACUGGAAGAAAUUGACAUGCUUCAGGAGGUGACCAAACAGAUUGAAGGGCACACUAUCUGUGCAUUGGGAGAUGCUGCUGCUUGGCCUGUGCAGGGUCUAAUUAGGCAUUUUAGGCCAGAGCUUGAGAGAAGGAUCAGGGAGCAUGCAGAUAGGGAGCUGCUGGAGGCUGCUGCUUAAGCUUUCUACUCAGGCGAAGUGCUUUACUGCUUGCUAUCAUCCAAUAAAAUGAAGAGUGUCCCUAGAUUUUCAAAUUUUGUGAAGAUAGGUUAUUCAGGCAUCUGGCUGCCCUUUUGGUAUUAUAUUUAUUCCUAAGCUAUACAAAAUGUGACUUCAUUCACUGUCACCGAGGAAACCAUGAUUCUUUCUGGAUGUGUUGGGAAGGCAUCAAGUGAUGCUAUUAUUUUCAUCCCCUUUAUGUUCAGGAAUUUUGUCCAUAAUUACUUUGUUUUGUCUUGUCUAUUAUGUGAUAUAGAACGAUCAUAUCUAUGGGUUCUUGAACAAAGAAUGAAUACUCUAAUAAAACUUCAAGACUAUUUUGACGUAA